AUGACGCGCGCCACCUCGUUGUGCAACGCAUCAUCGGAGACGUCCUACUGCUUAACUCCUCUGGGAGCCCCUCCCCUCAUUGACCGGCUCCCCGAGGUCCGCGUCGCGCGUCUCUUCCCUCGAACGCUUCAGCCGUCGCACCGAUGUCCUCAGAACCCGACGACGCACCACCCUACGACCACCUCGUCCCCCUCGAAGGAGUCUACUCGGGCCCCGGCCCCGGCUCGCUCCACCUCUGCGCCCCGUCCAGCACCGACCCGCGCUGCGCGCCCGACCUCGCCGACUUCGCCGCCGUCGCGCCCAACGGGACGCUCCCCCUCGGCACGCGCUCUACGCGCGCUCCGCCUCGCGACGCAGGUCCGCUUCCAGUGGCGCACGACGAGCCGGACCCUCGUCUCGUCGCCGGUGCUCCCGCGCGUCGCCCGCGCGUGCCGCCUCGUCCCGGACUGGCUCGGGUUCAUCGGGUGCUGGGUCUUCCGCUGCAGGCACACCGGGCCCAAACCCGAACCGAGGGUCAGCGACCGCGCGGAAACGUUCGGGAUCGCGGUGGGGACGCUCUACCCGCACGGGUACGCGCGCGUGGAGUGUGUCUCGUGGGAGAUGGAUGGGGUCGCUGUCGUGGACGGGUGCGGGACAUUGGCCCGAGUUCCCGGGCGCGACUGUGGAGCAGAGUGCGGGGGUGCAUUUCCGUAG